CUUUUCAAUUUCACUUCCAUUUCCCCCCACCCUUUGUGUGUGUUAAUAUUACACACAGAUCUGUCAAAGUAAGUUAAUUGAUGGUUAGGAGCUUUCAGUGGGGAUUCUUUUUUGAACUCUUACCCUUAUUCUUGAUGUUUCUCCCCAUUACAUAUAAAGCAGGGAUAGAGAUGUAGACCUUUGACAGAUGGGCGGAGACCCUCACCUGUCAGUCAUCUGAUGUCAAUAUGGCGCCAGGUGAAAACUUCCAAGACAUUUGGUGUAGCUGCCAAUCAGCUGGUCUGUCCUCUUCCCAGUGCAGUUUGGAUUUGUGGGAAACGCCUUCACGGGCCAAAUUGGGAACCUUUGCUGGGCCUAAUUUGACCUGCAGGCAACAGGUACCCAACCCUGACAUAAUGUUAUUUUCUCAAAAGCCUUAGGUCUGAUUUUAACAUGGAGUAAAUCCGCAGGUGGCGCUGUGGUCUAAACCACAGAGCCUAGGGCUAGCCGAUCAGAAGAUCGGCGGUUCGAAUCCCCGUGACGGGGUGAGCUCCCGUUGUUCGGUCCCUGCUCCUGCCCACCUAGCAGUUUGAAAGCACAUCACAGUGCAAGUAGAUAAAUAGGUACUGCUUUGGUGAGAAGGUAAAUGGCAUUUCCAUGCGCUGCUCUGGUUCUCCAUAAGCAGCUUAGUCAUGCUGGCCACAUGACCUGGAAGCUGUCUGCGGACAAACGCCGGCUCCCUUGGCCAAUAAAGCAAGAUGAGCACCACAACCCCAGAGUUGCCUUUGACUGGAUUUAAUGGUCAGGGGUCCCUUUACCUUUUAAAUCCCCACAAGGCUUCCCCUAUGUCUGUUUCACAGAUUUCACUGUUCAUUUGCAUGUGCCCUCACACACUAAGGGAGAUGGCAUUUAUCCUGUAUGGAUAAACAGCAAUCUUUAUUCUGAGGGAACAUGAGGUACCUGCUUUGCUGAUGCUAAACAGGCCUGGGACUAGUUGGUGCCUGAAUUCAAAGAUAUCCUGGAAACCCCAUCUUGAGUUGUGUGAUAUGGGGGGGGGGGGUAAGACAAGUUAUAUAUAGCUCAAGCAAAUAAACAUCAGAUUUCACCACAUUGAAGGUGUGUGCAUACUAUACAAAGGAUACAAAAAAAAUUGUAUCUUAGUCCAAUUCUGCAGUCAAUGAACUUUUCAUGGCAGUUGAGUUUUGAGUCUUUGCCUUCCUGGUGCAGAAAUAUGCUUCAAAUCACACAGGCAGUGUUCCAGAUAUUCCAGUAUUCUGUAGAAAGAGCGCCUGGGUCCCACAUUGACUUUGUGUUCAUCCCUCCUGAUCUCCAGUCGCUUCUCCUUUUUCAUUCUUACCUUUCACCCUUCUCUGAAUACAAGUCAUGUACAAACAGAGCUCAUUUUGUGUGGCUUAUUCUGAUUAUAUCUUUUUUACUCCACCCCAAAUUCAGUUGCUGACAAUGCUACCAAUGUUAUGUCUUCUAACAUAUGUAGUGAUAUUUGCCCGGUAGAAAGAAUCUUAGAUCCAGAUUCUUCCAACAACUUGACUCUUAGCACAGUGAAUCUCGCAGCUUAAUUUGCUGUUAAGUUUACUGAUUUACAGAGUGGAUCCUAGCCAGCUUCUUUUUCUGUUCAUUCCCCGCCCCCCAGUGGCUCUACUAUUCUACAUUUCCCCUUUCCCCUGUUUUUGUUUGCAUAUCUUUAAAAGUGUUCAUUGGCGCAUGGAUAGCGCUGUGAAAUGUAUGACUCAAAACCCCCUUUUUUAUUUCAAGAAUCAUAAUAGUCCUUUACUUCUCUCUUUAAAAAUAAGCAAAUCUUUGUGUUAGAAAUGUUUUUGUUGCUGUGGUAGCGAUACAAUAAUGAACCUCAGUUGGGCUCUGUGAUGUUAAUUUUAUGGGACAAGCACUUUAUGGAUUCUUCUGCCCCCCCCCCCCCAAACAAAAAAAUCCAAGUAGUCCAUAGUGCAGAAAAGGAUCUGCCAUUGACGUUGUCAACUGACUUUUCUUUUCUGAAAUUGUUUUACUUGGCCUUUACAAUUUAACUACAGAUAACAAAUUAUUUACAUAGAUCAUAAAGGUUGCAUGCAUUUACAUAACUAAUACAUAUCAGUUCACAUUAAAACAACCGAGCAAUAAUAUAAUACUGGUUAGAGAAGAUAACAGGUUUUUUUUGUGAACCUCUGAGGUUUUUUCUAUAAUGAAGUAGUAUAUAGAUUUUAUGAAUUAAACAAACAAACAGCAAUAGACCCGACCAUAGUCUCAAAGUAAAAUGGCCUGGUUAGCUGAAUUUUCUGAUAUACUGGGUAUCUUUCUUCACUGCAGAAAACCUCUUAUGUGCUUAUGUGCUUAUGUAUCAGAAUGAUCAGUAAACUAGUGUCAAUUGGCAUUAUAUGGAUGCUAAUUUCUGACCUUUUUUCUCUAGCAAUGAAAAACUUGUUUCUUUUCAUGUUGAAGUUGCAUAUUAUUUCUAAUACGAAUAGAAUUUAUCUUACUUCUAAUACAAUUGGAUAUUAUAACUAAUAGAACCUACCUUCCUUGAUGUUUUCUAUUACAACUUUUAGUUGUGGUUUGUUGUUGUUUUAAACCCAGCAAUAAAAAUAAAUUGUUUAGGUAGGUCCCUUAAGGACCCCCACUCCAAGAUCAGGGCAUGUUCCACUUGUUAAUCCUGACCAGCCAGUUGUCUGGCAAACCAAAAUAUUCUUAGGUAUCUCAAUUCACCUGUGUGGCAUUUUUGUGGGUUGUUGUUGUUUUUUUUUUAAAAAAAGCACACACCACUUUUGGGAAUCAGUGUCUUAAAGUUGCAGGAAAACGAACUAGUACAAUGUGAAUGUCUGGAAUGAACCAGGUAAGGGAGGGGUAGGGGAACUUUCCUAAGAAAAUGAACAGUAAUUUCAUGUGACAGAUGAAAAAUACUGCUUUUCUUUCUGCCAACGGAAGCCGUUCAGCUAAACAUCAUGAAAACUUCUCUGUCUAUGUGUAUUGAACUUUGUACUCCUCAAACAAGCUAUUUGUGGCUUUGACAACCAUAUAAUUAAACAAUUAUAGAGCUGGAGUUUCAUUUGGUAAAAUAGCCUGCAUAGUCACUUGUCUGGAAAGGCUGUAGUACUUGCACAGUAAUGAAUGACUUAAAUAAUACUUCUCGGCAACUAAUGUCUGUCAGGAUGAGAUCCUUAACUCGAGACCUCUUAACCCAUCUUGACAAGCAUCUCCCCAAGAACUCUGAGGCCCUUGUUGCAGGACUUUCCACUCUGUAAAUAGCUUUAUACACCAACCCAACGGAUCAGAAGCAUGUGCUUAAGAAGCAGAGGUUUUGCUGAGGCUCCUUCUAGAAAUCCUUUCCGUUCUCUGCUGUGGCAAAUGCAUGCCUGCUGGGGGAAGUGAUCUGUCAGAUAGCAGACAUUGGGAAGCACCCUCGCAAGGAACCAACGGCUCAUGCGUUUAGUAUGAAGAUGUCCAUAUCUUCACAGACCCUCUGAAGUUUCUUCUGCCAAAUGAACUUUUGCUGCUGUGGUUGCUCAUCUGCAUUCAUAGACUAAGGACACUUAACAUGGCUCUUGUACUAUAUGGGGCUGUGAGUUUAUUUCUUGGAAUGGCAGCAGGAUUCGGUCCAGUGCCCCGGAUUACCUGGGACCACAAAGAAGUUCAUCUAGUAUAUUUUCAAGAGCCCGAAACAUUUAACUACUCCACUUUGUUGCUAAGUGAAGAUAAGGAUGUUUUGUACGUAGGAGCUAGAGAAGUGAUAUUUGCGCUAAAUGCAUUGAACAUUACUGAAAAAAAGAAAGAGGUGUUUUGGAAGGUCACAGAAGACAAGAAGACGAAAUGUGCAGAAAAGGGCAAAUCCAAACAGACAGAGUGCCUUAACUACGUCCGUGUCUUACAACAGCUGGAUGAUACUUCACUCUAUGUAUGUGGAACUAACGCGUUUCAGCCCAUCUGUGAUCAUCUGAACCAGACAUCAUUCAAACUUGUGGGUAGAAACGAGGAUGGCAAAGGAAGAUGUCCAUUUGAUCCGGCACAAAGUUAUACAUCAGUUAUGGUUGAUGGGGAUCUUUACUCUGGAACGUCUUACAACUUCCUGGGAAGUGAACCAAUUAUUUCAAGGAACUCGUUGCAAAAUCCUUUACGGACAGAAUAUGCAAUUCCUUGGCUUAAUGAACCAAAUUUCAUUUUUGCCGAUGUGAUAAGAGCUGAUCCAAACAGUGCCAAUGAGGAUGACGACAAAGUGUAUUUCUUUUUCACUGAGGUUUCUGUGGAAUAUGAAUUUCUUGGCAAGCUGAUGAUUCCAAGAAUAGCCAGAGUUUGUAAGGGGGAUCAAGGUGGACACAGAACUUUACAGAAAAAAUGGACAUCCUAUCUCAAGGCCAGGUUGCUUUGCUCUGUACCAGAUAAAAAUUUAUUUUUCAACGUUGUCAAUGAUGUCUUCAUCCUGAAGACUCCAGGUUCGAAGGAGCCAGUGAUCUACGGGGUUUUCUCCCCACAAUUGAACAACGUUGGGCUAUCAGCUGUUUGUGCCUACAGCAUCUCUACAGUGGAGGAUGUUUUUGCCAAAGGGAAGUACAUGCAAAUCGCGACCGUUGAGCAGUCCCACACAAAGUGGUUGCGAUACAACGGAGAGAUUCCUAAACCCCGGCCUGGAGCAUGUAUAAACAGGGAGGCUAGAGCAGACAACAUCACGACUACGCUCAACUUACCUGACAAAACCCUGCAGUUUGUCAAAGACCACCCUCUGAUGGAUGACUCUGUGACCCCAAUUGGAGACCGGCCCCGACUGGUGAAGAGAGAUGUGAAAUAUACACAGAUUGUGGUAGACCAAGUCCAAGCCCUGAAUGGCACUUUGUAUGAUGUCAUGUUCAUCAGCACAGACCGAGGAGCCCUUCACAAAGCCAUUGGCUAUGAAAAUGGAAUGCAUAUCAUUGAAGAAACGCAACUCUUCGCAAACUUCGAGCCCAUUCAGACUCUGUUGCUUUCUUCGAAAAAGGGCAAGCAGUAUCUCUAUGCCGGGUCCAACGCUGGAGUAGUCCAGUCUUCCGUUGCGUUUUGUGACAAAUACACCAGCUGUGUGGACUGCAUCCUGGCAAGAGAUCCGUACUGUGCUUGGAAUCCCCGUGCCUCUCUCUGUGUCAAUAUCUUCAAAGAGAGGGAGACCGAAAGGGACUGGAUUCAGAAUAUUAGUGGUGAUGCUUCUUCUUGUACUGCUGAUAAAGUAAGAGAGCAUUCUCUGCAGCACAUUUUCAAGCAUGGCAGCACUGCAGAGCUAAAAUGUUCUCAGAAGUCCAACCUGGCCCAGGUGGUUUGGAAAUUCAAGGACGAUGUGCUAAAGCUGGAAAGUCCAAAGUACCGCCUGCUGGAGAAGGCGCUGCUGAUCUUCAAUUUGUCCGAGGGCGACAGCGGCGUUUAUCAGUGCCUGUCGGAAGAAAAAGUGAAGAACCAGAAGUUCUCGCAGGUGUUGGCGAAACAUGUUUUGGAACUGAGGAAAGUCCAGCACACCACGCUGAGCCCGACCCAGACAACCACACCGACGGAACGCAACGCGGAAGCAGCCGAAAUGCCGACUGUCGCUACCCAAGACUCAGCCGCUCACACUUCCACCAGCCCGGUUGUACCAGUCACAACGUCCAGGAUAGUGACAAAUCCCAUUUUCCCCGCCCUAAUGAGCACUGCACCUGACGUCGAGCUCUUGAACUCGCCUCCUGAGGUCUCUGCAAAGACCAUGUUUCUGAAGUCCAACGAUAACUCCCUCUUGAUGUUUCUCUUUCUCUUCUUUUUUGUGCUCUUCCUGUGCCUGUUUGCCUACAACUGUUACAAAGGGUUUCUACCGGAACAGUGUUUGAAGUUCCGUUCCGCUAUGUUACUCGGGAAGAAGAAGCCCAAGGCCGAUUUCUCUGACUGUGAGCAAAGCGUGAAGGAGACCCUGGUGGAGCCAGGCAGUCUGCUGACCCAAAGCGGGGAGCACCCAAAACCAGCACAUGACACGGGAUAUGAGACUGAAGCCGACUAUGGAAACGGUCACGUUCAACACGAUGAGGACCAUUCGCAGUCUUACAAAGAAGUCAAGGACAAACCUUUUGAUGUUAAGUGCGAACUCAAAUUUGCUGACUCAGAUGCUGAGGGGGAUUAAAGGAGAAAGACCCCACCUUCCCUAAUGAAAGUACUGUCAUUCUGAAUUGUUUGUUUUCAAACAUUUUAGAUUUGGGCCAGAAAGGGCUACGUGUUCUCAGUUUUUUUUAAGUGACACAUUGUCAUUUCACACCUGGAUGGAGCAGAGAGAGAUCUCGAAUUUUCUGAAAACGGUUCUGUUUCACACUUAUUUCUAAUGUGUUUCUUUUUUUAUUUUAAAUGGCCAGUUACGGUUUCACAUGGUGAGCUUCUAAGCUUCCCUCCCCCUACUCCCCAGCCAAGGAUAAUUUAACACUUGCACAUACUGACUAUUUUGAUUAAUCCCUCUUUUUCAUAGAAGGUAAAAUUAACUCUUGUUGCAGAGCCAUACCAAAAAAGAUUUCAGUAGCACCUGCCUGCACGUAUUUAACUGCCAUUAAAAAUCUAAUUUCAGUUUAAUUCCAAAUUGGAAAUGAUGUUUAGUUUAUCAGAUUGGUAAAUAAUAGCCUUUUUGUCCAGAUUGGGACAUUUCUUUGCAUCUAGUGAUUUUAAUGCAUUUGUCUGGUAGUUUUAGCUGGUGAAAGAAAUGUUGGAUCUUUCCAAAACUGUUUGUGUACCUUUUUAGAAUAUGAUGAAUUCUAGAGUUGCAUAAGGUUCUCAGGGAUAAGCUUCGGUUAAAUGUCUCCCCCCCCCCUUUUUUUUAGAGGCGUUGAUGUGGUGAUCAUUUUGAGAGCUUAAUGUUCAUUUUUGGGUUGUGGGGAGUUUAGCUUUAGAAAAAAGAUGUUAAAAAGAUGUAGUUGGACCACUGCCACAGUAACUGAUUUUAUGGAUUUGUUUUAAGGUUUUAAAAAGGGGAUCAUUGUGGACAAACAGUAGUCACUGUACCACAGCAGUGUGAGAGGCUUAUGUUUCAGAGAUACAAUGCAGACCUUGGCAAAGAUGCGAUGGACCUCUCAAAAGAGACUGUUGAGGAUGUCAUGCAUUUUGAAACUUUUCCCCACAGUUGGGAAGCAAUAGGGCUCCAGCCUCUCUCGCCCCCAUAAUCAACUUUGCCAAAUAUUUUCACUGUUUCUUCACAACUUCCACCAAUGUUUUCCAAAAAGGCAACUGGAGAAAAGAAACCAGAGGAGAGCAGAAAACUGCCCAAAGGGUCAACCACUUUUAUCUCUCCUGGGACUCAACAACGGCACUAUUUGUCUGUAAAAGUCCUUUGUGCUGUACAGUUUUUUAAAAUCCUUGUCCCUCGCUGUCUUUGUGUCUCAUGUAAAUAUGGUUAGAAAUAGAGACGACUGAGUAGGCAACAUGUCCAAAACUCCUUUUUUCCCCUUUUCUUUGUUCCUGUUGAAAUAUUUCCCUAGCACACGAUCUUCGUGUAAAGUGUUCUAGAUUUUGUAUGGUUCAUUUUUGCUUUUAUUUUUCUAUCUUUGAUUCUGUAUAUAUGAAAAAAUAAGGAAAUAAAUAUUGAAGUUCAUUGUAUUUCAGCCUUGUCCUUGAGCAAUAAUAACUUGUCUUAAAAAAACAACAACCCAGAAGCCUUAGCGGGUUUUCUUGCUGUAAGAUUUGAACAGGUGUGAUUUCCUGCUUUUAUAGUCUCAAAACAGAAAUAAGAAGGAACUUUCUUUUGAUUAAAUGUUCGCUGCUCAUUUCCCCCCUCCUUUGCAAAUUAUUUCUUUGGCAUGUUCUUAGAACUUUUUUCCUUAGUGCCCUUUUCUUCUUCUUUUUCCUGUUCUGUCCUCUUC